GCAUGCGCCAGUUGCUACGUUAGUCACGUGGAAGGGUGGAAGAUGGCGGCGACUCAGGCGGUGGAAGAAAUGCGGAGCCGCGUGGUUCUAGGCGAGUUCGGGGUUCGCAAUGUUCAUACCACCGACUUUCCCGGUAACUAUUCGGGCUAUGAUGAUGCUUGGGACCAGGACCGCUUCGAGAAGAACUUCCAUGUGGAUGUGAUACACAUGGAUGAAAACACUUUAGAGUUUGACAUGGUGGGAAUCGAUGCAGCCAUUGCCAAUGCUUUUCGACGUAUCCUGUUAGCUGAGGUGCCCACCAUGGCUGUGGAAAAGGUCCUGGUGUACAACAACACAUCCAUUGUCCAGGACGAGAUCCUUGCUCAUCGCUUGGGGCUCAUUCCCAUUCAUGCUGAUCCUCGUCUUUUUGAAUACCGGAUCCAAGGAGAUGAAGAAGGCACAGAAAUCGAUACUCUGCAGUUUCGGCUCCAAGUCAGGUGCACUCGAAACCCCCAUGCUGCUAAAGAUUCCUCUGACCCCAAUGAACUCUAUGUGAACCACAAAGUGUACACCAGACACAUGACAUGGGUUCCCCUGGGGAACCAAGCUGACCUCUUCCCCGAGGGCACCAUUCGACCGGUGCACGAUGACAUCCUCAUUGCUCAGCUGCGGCCUGGCCAGGAGAUUGACUUACUCAUGCACUGUGUCAAGGGCAUUGGCAAAGAUCAUGCCAAGUUUUCACCUGUGGCAACAGCCAGUUACAGGCUCCUGCCAGACAUCUCCUUGUUGGAGCCCGUUGAAGGGGAGGCAGCUGAGGAGCUGAGCCGGUGCUUUUCACCUGGUGUUAUCGAGGUGCAUGAAGUCCAAGGUAAAAAGGUGGCCAGAGUUGCCAAUCCCCGGCUAGAUACCUUCAGCAGGGAAGUCUUCCGGAAUGAGAAGCUGAAGAAGGUGGUACGGCUUGCUCGGGUUCGGGACCAUUAUAUCUUCUCUGUUGAGUCAACGGGAGUACUGCCACCAGAUGUGCUGGUGAGCGAAGCCAUCAAGGUACUGAUGGGAAAAUGCCGGCGGUUCUUGGAUGAACUAGAUGCAGUUCAGAUGGACUGAGGCUUGCACUAGACUUGACUGGCCUGGAUAUUCCUGAUGCAAGCUGAAGGUUCUGGGUUCUGACCUGUUGCCAUUGGACUGCUACAUAGAGCCCAGUAUGACUAGGUAGCUUUAUUUCAGUUGAUGCAUUUUGUUAAAUGUGCCACAAAAUGUGACUAUGCCUUUAUAAGGCCUUCAUGUAAAUAAAUUCACACUGAAACACAAA